AUGGCGCCGCAGCUUCUCCUCCGCCGCUUCCCCUCCGCGGGCGCCCAUCUCUGCCGCUACCAGGGACACGCCCACCGCCGCCGCCUCAGCUCGGCGUCGGAGGCGGCGGGAGGCCCCGGCUGGCGGCGGCAGCACGAGGAGGAGAGCAAGGCGGUCAAGGUGUCGGUGUGGUGGGACUUCGAGAACUGCCACGUCCCCCAGAACGUCAACGUCUGCCGCGUCGCCCAGCGCGUCUCCGCCGCGCUCCGCGCCGCCGGCGUCCGCGGCCCGCUCUCCAUCACCGCCUUCGGGGACGUCGUCCAGCUCUCCCGCGUCGCGCAGGAGGCGCUCGUUGCCACCGGCGUCGUCAUCUCCCACGUCCCAAGCAGUUGCGUCCUCCCGUCCCAUCUCCUAUUCCGUUACACUUCCUUCUCUCUAAGCAUAACCUAUAUGGAUUUUAUCAUUCGUUUCGUAGUAAUCUGUGGAAAGAACAGCUCUGACCGGUCAUUUAUGGCUGAUCUUGUCUACUGGAUUGCUCAGAACCCUCCACCAGCUCAUUUUUUCCUCAUAUCUGGGGAUAAAGAUUUCGCCAACAUUUUGCAUCGGUUGCGAAUGAGCAACUAUAACAUACUACUUGCUUGUCCUGGUAAAACUACCAGUGUACUGUGCAAUGCAGCGACGAUUAUGUGGCCUUGGGAAGCUUUAGUGAAAGGGGAAAAUUUCUCACCAAAGCGUUUUAACCACCCACCAGAUGGUUUAUCUGGAUCUUGGUAUGGUCACUACAAAGGAGCCCUUGACGACCCCUUCGUGGAAGCUGAAUCAGAAGAAACCAUUGCAACACCAGUACCAUCUGAUGCAAAAUUAUGCCAUAAUCCCAAAAAUGCAGUUACUGCAGUCCCCAAAGAUGUGGUUGAUGGGAUACGAGAGACACUGAAUUCGUAUCCUAGUGGGGUCAAGCUUUCAAUUCUUCUUCAACAACUCAAAAAGAACAAUGUGCCUCUUGGUAAUGAUUUCUUUGGCCACAAAAAGUUGUCUUGCCUUCUCCUAUCAAUGCCAGAUAUUGUGAAGUUUGUUACUCGUUCAUCUGCUUUAAGAGAGCCAUGUGUAGUUGGGGACAAUAACUGCGGUCGAGCAACACACAAUGAUAAGAAGCCUCCAUCCUCCGUGUCCACUUCUUUUCCUGAACAAAACUGUAAAACCCUAAGUUCUCAAAGUAUCAUCGGGGACAGAAGCUUCAAGCAGACUGUAUCUGAGAACCCAGCUGCAUCUGCUGUAUCAUCUUCCCCACAAGAUGUCUUACCUGAGGAUCAAAAGGUGUGCCCAGCAGCUGAUAUGAAUGCAAGGCCAGAAUCACUUGCCAAUCACAAGGAAGUUGAUGCCCCUGGAACUCCUUCUCCCUUAGGGGUGGAAAAUACUGUUAACAGUGAUGGGCUAUUAAAAAGGCCAACCACAAGGCCAAAAUCAUCUGCCAACCACAAGGAAGUUGAUGCCGCUGGAACUCCCUCUUUCUUAGGGGUGGAAAAUACUGUUGACAGUGACGGACUAUUAAAAAGGAUCUGGGUACUAUGGAAUGGCCCUGAGAGUGCUAAUCAUGAGGUUUCUCCAUGUCAUGAAGGCACUUCUGCUGAAGUCGCUGAUUUGGGAACUCCUCAGCAAGAUUGCAAUACUGAUCAACGUAGCAGGCUUUUGAAUAGGAUCCAUAAGACCUCUUCCCAGAACAGAAGUUCAGAUGUAACAGAUGGCUCUGCAGCGAUGACUGUUAACUUUUCAACUUUGUCUGACCAUAACCAUUCUGAAAAACAUGCAGAAGAGACAGAAAAGUUAAAGAGGGAUCCGCCUAUUCUCCAGAACUCGAAACCAUCUACUGGACCUGCAUCUGUUCCAUUGUGUAAAGAUGGAGGUGAUACCUCCAAGAUGAGUAAGGGCUUUUUUAGUUGGGUAAUGCGGUGGUGGAAAUUUGGAAAAUUGGAUGGAGAUAACAGUAUAGCCAUGAAAAAUGGCAUUGAUGAAGCAAAGACAGACAUAAUUGAGGAAUCUCAAUCUUUGAAGGCUUCAACUUGUGGAAAUGAGCAGCAAGUAGUUAAUAAAAUAUUCACAAGAUUUUACUUUUGGGAUGUUCUAGGGAAACAGCUAUCGAAGCCCAUUGGGUCUGAGCUUGUUUCGAAAGCAAAGACAAGGGAGGAGUUGGUACAUGGAUUGCAGAAUUUAGAUUGUUGGCCUCUCAAAGGCCUUGUCGAGAAAGAUGUCAGUCAUCUGGUUCAUUUGUUACUUUCAGAAAAGAAAUGGAUCGAGGAAACUCCUUCUAGCGAUUUUCCUUUCCGUCUUACACUCCCUCAAAAGAGAACGCGCACUCCACCAAAUUCUAGCACAACAAGCACACCACCAAAUUCUAGCACAACAUGCACUCCACCAAAUUCUAGCACAACAUGCACUCCACCAAAUUCUAGCACAACAUCCACUCCACCAAAUUCUAGCAAGUUUGAUCUGAGUUCUCUCUUUAAUGUCAAGCCAUUGGAGCAGGGUAAAUAUGGUGGUGACAAAGGUAGGACAAACAGGACUCCGAACAGGGAGGAAACAUUGUCUGAUUGCCACAAGCUAUUGAAGGACCUUCUCCUGCAAUACAAAUAUGGAUUUAACAUCAGCAUUUUCAAGCGUCAUUUUGCUCAGAAGCACGGGUACGAGCUUGACCACCAGAAGCUUGGAUAUGCAGACAUUGAGUCACUGUUGCAGAUUAUGCCUGGUAUAAGGGUAAAAUUUCCAAGGGUUCUGCCUGCAGAAAAUGGGAAUGAUCAGGGUGGCAGUAAGGGCGAUGGAAAUCAAAGUAAUGGCGAUGAUUCCAUCUGGGGGGAACUUGGUCCUGUAUCUGCCACUGCCAAAACUGCUGAAGGGGUUGAUAAAGAAACUUGCUACCGGCCUCCCACCUGCUCAGAAGACGAUUUCUCUGACGAUGAGAAUCAAGCAGAGCAAGAGCCCAGAAGAGGCGCUGAGCAGAGCUCGCUCCUGAAAAUCAUUGAUUCCUGGAACGGCAGCAAGGAUGGCUCUGGCAAGAAACAUCAAGAGAUUGACGGGGUCAUGGAUUGUUCCAGGAGCAGUCCAGGUUACCUUGACACUCUGAGGGCCACAAGGCAGCAGCAGCAGACACAGAAGCAGUAUUCCUUUGUUUCAUCAGACUUGGAAGAGGAUGAAAGCAAGGAUAAGCUUGUGGACAGCGUCUUGGGCAGUCUGCAGAAAGCUCGAGGCGCAAAGGCGUCUAAUUGA